UUUUUUUCGUAAAAUUAUAUAAUUUGCACUAAAACGAUUGAGGGGAUAAAAAAAAAAAAACGAGAAAAUGUCUCAAAAAAAUAUAAACAAGCCACCUCUAAGCCAUUCAGCUUCUUGGUCAGCGGGUGUUGCAUCAUCAGAACAUACAUCUUCUAGUAUAUAUUCAGAACAUAAAAAUAUAUCAAAUGCUUCUAUAAAUUCUGAGAAAUUUAUUAAUGAUGAUUCCUAUUCUAAUAUUCAUCCAUAUAUUGGAUUACGUGGAAAGUUAUCAUUAGCAUGGAUCACUUACCCGAUUAUUUCAUUUAUAUUUGUAAUCGGCAGAUUAUUCAUCGCAAUGAAUUCGAUUGAUCCAAUUAUAGAAGAUAUAAGACAACGAGUCAAUAAGUCAUGUGAUGCACUCGAAUUAGCUACGUCAUCUUUAAUAUCUUUACCACAUUUUAUGGCUGGACCUUUUAAUGACUCAAUAACUGAUACAAUAAAUUCGACAAUUCGAGGAUUUGUAAGAACCUUGGACUUGGGUAUUCAAGCAUUGAACGGUAUAAUAGUAUUUUUCAUUAAUUUGUAUAAAAGUACAUUUCGAUGUCUUUUAGAACUGGCCGUACGAGGAUCAAUAAGUGCCGUAUCAGAAGCUGUUAUAUUUUUACAAGGUUUCUCAAAUAAUGCAUUAGCUGGAAUUAAGACUGCAAUAGACAAUUCAAUUGCUGGAAUUAAUUCAUCUUUAGAAGGUGUUAGAAAUGCAUUAUCAAAUGUUGGUGGAUUAUUAAAUUUACCCGAAAUUCCUACAGUAUCUAUUCCGGCAGCAGAAGAUUUAAAUAAGGUCACAUUUCCAACGACCGGUAUCGUUAAUGGUUUAGAUACUCUUAAUGCAAGUAUUCCCUCUAUGGAUGAAAUUGAAAAUAGAUUAACAAAUUUAAUUUCAAUUCCAUUUAAUGAAUUACGAGUUAUUAUUAAUAAUUCUAUGUCAGAUAUAAAAUUUAAUUCGUCAAUCCUUCCAGUACCUCCAAUGGGUAAUAACAUAAAAUUUUGUGAAAAUAAUUUAAAUCUUGAAGUACUUGAUAAUAUUAAAAAUGAUUUGAAAAGAACAGCAUGGAUUGGACUUUCUAUAUUAUUUGCACUUUCUAUAUUAUUAAUUUUAGCAAAUAUAUUUUAUAUUUGGAUCUCUCAUAAAAGAUUUAUGAACAAAGUUGAUAAAAGUUUAAAUAAUUUUAAAAGGACAAAUUCGAAUAUAAAUAAAAAUUCGAUUAUUGAUAUUAUUAAAUUUUCAGAAAAUCCAUUUUUACAAAAUUAUAUAGUUAAAACUUCAACUUAUUUUAAGAAUCGAGAAAAUCAAAAAAUUUAUCGAUGGUUUUGGGAUUAUAUAUUAUUUAAACCGGCGAUUAUAUGUUUUAUUAUUGGAUUAUCAGGAAUUAUAUCUAUAUUUAUUCAAAUUGCAAUAUUAAAUGGUGUUCGACAUACUUAUAAAGAUGAAAUUAGUGAAAGUAUUGCUAAUUUUGGAAAUACUGUUAUGGGACUUAUGAAUUCAAAUUUACAAGAAUCAUCUAAACAAUAUUCUACACAAAGCAACAAUAUUAUAAUAAAUUUGGAGAAUGAUAUAAAUCAAAAUUUAUUUGGUUGGGUUAAUAUUACCACAACAGCUCUUAAUAAUACAUUGAAUACAGCAGUUGAUGAAAUUGUUGGAUUUGUUAAUACAACAUUUGGUGGAGUUCCAUUUAUAAGAAAUGUAAUUGAUGAAUUAUUAAAUUGUUUAAUUCUUGUAAAAAUUAAAGGAAUUCAAAGUGGGUUAACAUUUAUAAAAGAUAAUUCUCACCUUGGUUUGCCACGUGUUAGUGAAAAUAUAUUAAUGAUAAAACCUGAUAAAAUGAAUUCAGUCAUAAGUGAAGCUACGAUUAGAUUUGCAGGUGAACCCGAUGAAGAAGGUACGGGAGGACAAAUUGGUAGAUUAUUUGAUGCUUAUGAAGAUAGGUUAAAAUCCGAACUCCCUCUUUUUUGGAUUUUAAUCGCUUGUUGGGGCGUCGUAUUAAUUUUUGGAUUAAUAAGAAUUAUAUGGUUUAAACUUCAUCACUAA